UGUUAGUUUGUUUUUUUCUUCCUCCAGUCGGUUAGAUUAGCUGUUUCUCUAUUCCUUCCAAUCACCGUUACUUCAUUGACCUUUACUUUUCGAAAUUCGAGCUCAGAGCGCAAAGUACUAUUCCUAAAGCCAAAAAUUGAAAGAAAACUUUUAAUUGAAUCGAGUUUGAGUUAGUUGAACUUGAAUUGAAGCUACUGAAUAGUUGUUUAUCAAAUGGAUCUGAGAGGAUUAUUGUUGUCGUUAUUGAUAACAAUAAUGAUAGGUUUGGAAAUGUUUUGCGUUGCGAAUGGGAAUAAUUUAGUGUUUCAGGUGGAGCGACGGAAAAGGAGUUUAACUGGAAUUAAAGAUCACGAUGCUCGUCGUCGUGGUAGAUUUCUUUCAACCGUCGAUCUCAACCUUGGUGGCAAUGGUCUCCCUACUAAGACUGGGUUGUAUUACACAAAACUUGCGCUUGGCUCUCCAAAGAAGGACUAUUAUGUUCAAGUUGAUACAGGAAGUGAUAUUAUGUGGGUGAAUUGUGUUGAGUGCUCAAGAUGUCCCAAGAAAAGCGAUAUUGGUAUAGACUUGACUCUCUAUGACCCAAAGGGAUCUAAGACUUCGGAGUUAAUUUUUUGUGACCAUGAAUUUUGCUCUUCCACAUAUGACGGUCCAAUUCCUGGAUGCAAGGCUGAAACACCUUGCCCUUAUAGCAUAACCUAUGGAGAUGGAAGUGCAACUACCGGAUACUAUGUUAGGGAUUUUCUUACUUUUAACCGUGUCAAUGGAAAUCGCCAAACUGCACCGCAGAAUAGCAGCAUCAUUUUUGGGUGUGGUGCUGUACAAUCUGGCACAUUGGGUUCAUCGCCUAACGAAGCACUUGAUGGAAUACUUGGUUUAGGACAAGCGAAUUCUUCUGUACUUUCACAGCUUGCUGCAUCUGGAAAGGUGAAAAAAAUAUUUUCACACUGCCUUGACACUGUUAAUGGUGGUGGAAUAUUUGCCAUAGGGGAAUUGGUGGAACCAAAAGUCAGUACAACAACUCCAUUGGUACCAAAUAUGGCACAUUAUAAUGUGGUUUUGAAGAAUAUUGAAGUUGACGGUGAUGUUUUAGAGCUUCCCUCAGAUGUAUUUGAUUCUGGAAAUGGGAAGGGGACAGUGAUUGAUAGUGGAACAACCUUGGCUUAUCUUCCUGCCAUAGUUUAUGAUCAACUCAUUCCAAAGGUCUUUGCUCGACAGCAUGGAUUGAGAUUAUAUCUUGUCGACGAACAAUUUAAAUGUUUUCCGUAUACUGGAAAUGUUGAUGGCAAUUUUCCAGUUGUCAAGCUACAUUUUGAGGAUUCCCUUUCUCUGACAGUUUAUCCUCAUAGCUACCUGUUCGCCUAUGAGGAUCAUGGUGUCCCAGUCUGGUGUAUUGGCUGGCAGAAAAGUGUGACACAAACUAAGGAUGGAAAGGACAUGACACUUCUUGGAGAUUUGGUGCUAUCAAACAAACUAGUCUUAUAUGAUCUUGAGAAUAUGGUCAUUGGAUGGACUGACUACAAUUGCUCUUCCAGCAUUAAAGUGAAGGAUGCAACUACUGGAAUAGUACAUAUAGUGGGUGCACACAAUAUUUCUUCAGCUUCUACCUUUUUAAUUGGUAGAACAUUGACAUUGUUUUUGUUGCUAACUGCCAUGCUAAACGGUUUUAUUAACUAGGUUUUGAUGAGUUAUGAUAUUCAUUUGAUUUUGUUGUAUCAUAAUUCCUUGAAUGAUAAGGUGUGCAGUGUUGAUGAUAUGGCAUAAUUUAACCAUUUCUCGUAUACAUGUAAUUGAGAAAGGGGCAUUUUUUUAUUUUUAAAAUUUUAUUUUGCAA